AUGUCAUCCUCAGGUCCCGGCAAUUUCAAUUUCGAUGCUCGUACGCUGGAGGAGCUGUCGAAUGAGCGUGCCAUCAACCACCGGGAUGUCUUUUCCAACAUCGGUCGCUACAUGAUCAAAACUGGAUAUCACACAUGGGGAUUCGUGGUCUAUCGCUGCACGUACGAUGAUGACGACCUCUGGAAUCGAUAUCUCACGCAGCUGAAGCAGUUCUGCCAUGAAGAGCUCGUCAAGGGCCGCAGAGCCGAACUGUUGGAAAAGCAUCUCGAUUGGGUCGUGAUAGAAGACCGCACCAACCUGGACAACGCGUCAAAGUCCGACGUCAGGCGUCAUUUUGAUGGCUGGGUCUCUGAACAGGGUCUCGUCGAGCCACCGUCUGGUGCUUUUCCACGACCCAACGUCACAAAACUUCCCCGCUUCCGAUUCUGCCUAUUUGUCGACAAGGCCUGUCUCGAGACUGUCAUCCAAUUUCAGGAAGCUGACCCUGGCCACCCGCUUCUCAGAUCUCUUUUACCCGCCAUGGUCAUUGUCGUGCUUGAUCGCGCGUGGACUCCGGAUCGGACCCAUGGCAACGUUACUAUGAACGACGGCGGCUACCCGUUGAUUGACGGCUGCGACCGCAAGUAUGUUGGAUGGAAGUACAUGAACGCAUUCUUUAUAGCGGGAACAUACAACGAUCUGCAUGCGGUAGAAUUGGACGACUGGCAAGACUACCUGAGACCCCCUGCCAUUGGCCCUCUGGGUAAAAUCUCGAUGCCUAGUUAA